AACCAAACCUUUAUCUGGAGUAUCUAGCAUAGCAAAAUAGGCCAGAAAGAAAAGGGUGAGGAGAGAGACAAGAAGAAUAAGAUAGCCAAUCCAUCAGGCAUCAGGCAUCAGGCAUCAGGCAUCAGCCAUGGGAGACGAAAGGGUCAAAACAGAAGCAUUGAAAGUUAUAAAUUUGUUCCAAGUUCUUCCCAAAUUGGUUGUCUUUGAUCUCGAUUAUACAAUCUGGCCUUUUUACUGUGAAUGCCGCUCCAAAAGAGAAAUGCCAUCAUUGUAUCCUCAUGUAAAAGGCAUACUGUAUGCACUCAAGGACAAGGGUAUUGAUAUUGCUGUUGCUUCUAGAUCACCAACCCCGGACAUAGCCAAGACGUUUCUUGACAAGUUAGGCAUCCACUCAAUGUUCGUUACUCAGGAAAUAUUUUCCAGUUGGACACACAAGACAGAACACUUUCAGAGAAUUCAUAGAAGCACACGGAUUCCCUACACUGACAUGCUUUUCUUUGACGAUGAAGAUAGGAACAUUAAAGCGAUUAAUAAUAUGGGUGCAACGAGCAUUCUGGUUGAGAAUGGGGUUAAUCAGCAAGCAUUUCAACAAGGUUUGAUGGAGUUUUCUCAAAAAUCCAAAGCUUCUGAUAAAGCAGGUUCGUCUGGAAAGAACAAGCACAAGUGACAUUGUCAAUCUGUUCAUACACUCAGAUUUAAUUAGGAGGAGAAUCGGGGCAGUCAUCUUGUAUGAAUAGUAUCAAUUUUAUAGCGUUGACGAUAUUUAAUUUUUGACUUGAUAUUGCUGUAAAGUAGUGUAUUAUUUUGCAUCAAAGAAAUGCAAUUGCUAUUUGACUAGUACAGAGUACUACAUUUGCAAUCUAAUAAUGUGAAUCCAAAGGAUGUGUGUUCA